CCGCUGCCGCCGCCGCCGCCGCCGCGGCUGCCGCAGCCUGUGGGAGCCUGGAGAAGGGGAAGUGCGAGCGAGCGAGCGAGCGACUCAGUCCCCGGGCGGCGGCGGCGGCGGCGGCGGCGGCCGGGGCGGGGGCGGGGGCGCUGCUGCUGCUGCUGCUGCUGCUGCUGCUGCCGCGGGGCGCAGGCGGCGGCGGUCCGCACCAGCCAUGCCGAAUAAAAACAAGAAGGAGAAAGAAUCACCAAAAGCAGGGAAAAGUGGAAAAAGUUCAAAAGAAGGACAAGACGUAAUAGACUCAGAGACUUCCAGCAGGAAAAACAACCUUGCUGCUCCCCUGUCUACAGUGUCCAGCAAAAUAAAAGUGCCAGUCCCUCAGCCCAUAGUGAAGAAGGAGAAGCGGCAAAAUUCCUCCAGGUUUAAUGCCAGCAAUAACAGAGAGCUUCAAAAACUGCCGUCUCUAAAAGAUGUUCCUCCUGCUGAUCAAGAGAAGCUUUUCAUCCAGAAGCUACGUCAGUGUUGUGUCCUCUUUGACUUUGUUUCCGACCCACUAAGUGACCUAAAGUGGAAGGAAGUAAAACGAGCCGCUCUAAGUGAAAUGGUGGAGUAUAUCACCCAUAAUCGGAACGUGAUCACAGAGCCUAUUUACCCAGAAGUAGUCCACAUGUUUGCAGUUAACAUGUUUCGAACGUUACCACCUUCCUCCAAUCCUACGGGAGCAGAAUUUGACCCCGAGGAAGACGAGCCCACGUUAGAAGCAGCCUGGCCUCAUCUACAGCUUGUUUAUGAAUUUUUCUUAAGAUUUUUAGAGUCUCCAGAUUUCCAACCUAAUAUAGCGAAGAAAUAUAUUGAUCAGAAGUUUGUAUUGCAGCUUUUAGAGCUCUUUGACAGUGAAGAUCCUCGGGAGAGAGAUUUUCUUAAAACUACCCUACACAGAAUCUAUGGAAAAUUCUUAGGCUUAAGAGCUUACAUCAGAAAACAGAUAAAUAAUAUAUUUUAUAGGUUUAUUUAUGAAACAGAGCAUCACAACGGCAUAGCAGAAUUACUGGAAAUCUUGGGGAGUAUAAUUAAUGGAUUUGCCUUACCACUAAAAGAAGAGCACAAGAUUUUCUUACUGAAGGUGUUGCUACCUUUGCACAAAGUGAAAUCUCUGAGUGUCUACCAUCCACAGCUGGCGUACUGUGUAGUGCAGUUUCUAGAAAAGGACAGCACCCUCACUGAACCGGUGGUGAUGGCACUUCUCAAAUACUGGCCAAAGACCCAUAGUCCAAAAGAAGUCAUGUUCUUAAAUGAACUAGAAGAGAUCUUAGACGUAAUCGAACCAUCAGAAUUUGUGAAGAUCAUGGAGCCGCUCUUCCGGCAGUUGGCCAAAUGUGUGUCCAGCCCACACUUCCAGGUGGCAGAGCGAGCACUGUAUUACUGGAACAAUGAGUAUAUCAUGAGCCUAAUCAGCGACAACGCAGCAAAGAUCCUACCCAUCAUGUUUCCAUCCUUGUACCGCAACUCCAAGACCCACUGGAACAAGACGAUACAUGGCUUGAUCUACAACGCGCUGAAGCUCUUCAUGGAGAUGAACCAGAAACUAUUCGACGACUGCACCCAGCAGUUUAAAGCAGAGAAACUGAAAGAGAAGCUAAAAAUGAAAGAACGAGAAGAAGCGUGGGUUAAAAUAGAAAAUCUAGCCAAAGCAAACCCCCAGUACACAGUGUAUAGUCAAGCGAGCACCAUGAGCAUUCCGGUUGCAAUGGAGACAGAUGGGCCUUUGUUUGAAGAUGUGCAGAUGCUGAGAAAGGCCGUGAACGAAGAGGCUCGCCAGGCCCAGAAAGAUCUGAAGAAGGACCGGCCUGGCGUGCGCCGCAAGCCCGAGCUGCCUCAGGACCCCCACACCAAGAACGCCUUGGAGGCCCACUGCCGAGCGGACGAGCUGGUGUCCCAGGACGGCCGCUAGCCCCCCGCGGGCCUGCCCGGGCUUCCCCGGAUUCUGUAGAAAAUACAUCCUUUUUGUGCCAUACAAAUCAGUUACACUCAGAGUCAGAGCUUUUCUUCGACCCCGUUCUGUAGGCAAUAACGCGCUUCGGCCUCAGCUCGAGAUUAGGAGUUCAAACAAUGGUGGUGGCUUCUCCAGCGGCCCAGCCCGGCCACACUGCUCCCCAGGUCAGAGCUAAGGAGAGCACCCUGGCCAGCCUCUUCACGUCCUCCCCGGCCGGAAUCCGCCGUCAUUUAAGAUAAAAUAAGUGGUUCUAGGAGAAUAUCAAUGUUCUUCAAAUCAAAGGAACAGUUUUAAAAAAGUAUUACAUAUUUUUGAAGACUCUACAACUUGUUCCAUUGUUUCUCCAUGAUUGUUACGCCAAUAGCUUCUCUCUCUCUCUCUCUCUCUCUCUCUCUUUCUGUUUUGUUCCUUUCUUUUUAUCUCAUUGAGAUGGUUCUUUGCUGUCAUCGUUCUAACAUAACUUACUGGGAAACGUGACAUGACAAUCCUCAGCCGCUGUGUUUUCCGAUGGUAUCUCUUUACUUCGAUUAGUGACGCGUAUGCGGUGUCACUUGUGUUGUGUAUAGCUAAAGCCAUAUUUCCAAGCCCGGGGUCCAGCACCAGGGGCUCCGGGAAUUAAGCUCAUAGGAGAAACUUAUUUUAAACAGAGCUUUCUCUGUCUACCUUGACCGGAAUUGGAAUUUUAAAAUGAUGUGUCCAUUUUUGUUGUCGUUUGCAGGCUCUUAUUUUUCUCUACUUAAACAUGAUUGCCCUGUAACAAGGCUCUUGAAUUAAUAAAAGUUAUCAUCUCUAAGAAUUCAUUUUCCACGUUUUCUAGCAAGUAGAAGGAGGUCAUCUUGAGUCGGGCCAGUUCCUGGCCUGAUGAGAGCUGCAGGUGCCUCUGGGCAGAAAGUAGCAAGAGGCCACGGCCGGUGCCGGGCGCUGCCCCGAUGUCCCCUGGCUGCCGCGACGUGGUCCCCGGACCUCAGACGGGCGGCCGCGGCAGGAGGGCUGCAGUGAACCGCUGAACCGUGUCCAGGCCAAAAGAGCACACAUUCUAAACACCUCAUAAGGAAAAUACAGCGUCUAAGUUCCCAUCGGUCUUCAAAUGCUGCUAUUAGAGUUCACGGACUUCCUUGCAUGUUCGAGCUUUUUGUUUGGGAUGGAAUAGCACGGAGAGAAAACCCUUUACACCUAGUGCUUCGUCUGCUCUGUAUUUCUCUCAGGGUGGCCAGUAUUUUGACGUCUUUUAUCCCGCUUGAGAGCUGUUUGAGAUGCGUCCCGCUAGUGAUUCUAGGUUCUUUUGUCUCUGGCAUUGGACUGUAUUAAAGUUCACGUUAAAUGUCUUGAUGCAUAAAAGAUAAAAAUGUGGCUGCUUUUAGGAUCUGUAUUUUAAUCGAGGUCUCGGGUGUCCAUGGAAACAUUGUGGAAAGCCUAUGUGGUGUCACUUAACAUCCACCCACGAUGUUUAUUUCCUUGUUCCCUGGAGGAAGAUCACGGGGGGGGGGGGGGUUCUGGGUUAGGAGCCAAGUACUAACUAAAAAGAUCGCCCCAGCUGAAAGUGGGAAAGGCCACUUUGCGAGAAGAAACACUUCCUGAGAAACUUGACAAGUUACCUAUCCAUUUUACCAUUAUGAAAUUUAUAAUUUAAAAAAAAAAGUUUAGAUGCCUUCUCCUUUUGAGGGAAAAAGGGUGCUUUUUAUUGUAUAAAGCAGCGUCUUAUGUAUUUUGAUAUACCAUUGUUUGAACUUCCGUCUUUAGCUGAUAGACUCUCAAAUAUCCUUGAUUUUGGAUGUUCAGUAUGUGUGUGAGAGAGGGUUCUGGGAAGACUCUCUUCUGCCCUACAUAAAAAGCAAAAUAUCCACGAUUGGGUGAUUGUAUAAAGCUCAACCUGUAAGAACACCUUUUUGUCGAGGUUUUAUUUCUGCUCUUUAUUGAAGACAAACAUUCACCAAAAAGGGGGGGGGGGGAAUACGUUUUGAGAGAGACUAAUUUUCUUUGACAAGAGUAUUAUUUAAUAUUUUGGCCUAUUAAAGUUUUCCUAGUUAGUACUCAGACUCCCUGUGCUAAUUGUUCAACUUAUAUAUUAUUAUAUAGAUACACUGUUUAUUCUGUACCAAACUGAUUUCAAAAGUACUACAUUGAAAAUAAACCGGUGACUGUUUUUCUUCAUAAAGUUCUGCGUUCUUUCGGCAUCUUCACUCUUUCCAAAAUGUACCUGUACAUCAGAAAUGUCACUAUUCCGAGUGUCUUUUUAGUGUGGCUUUAGUAUGGCUUCCUUUUAAUAUUGUACAUACAUUGUAUCUUUGUUUUAUGGUAAUAAGUAAUAAAAAUGUAGACUUCAUAUUUUGUACAAAAUGUCCUAUGUACAGAAUAAAAAAAAGUUCAUAGAAACAGCAAAAAUAGGUAAGUGGCACAAUUAUUUUUCUUUAGAAGAUAUCUGUAACUUUACGCUUUAGUGAAAUGUUAAGUACCUACAUAUUUUUUAACAUUUUGUAAUUCAAGACUUUUUGUUCUGACAUUGUUUAUGAAGAGAAAACUUCAUACACGUGCCAUUUAAUAUGCUCUUUUAUCCAAUUUUAAAAAAGAAAAACCUCUAAAAAUGGUGUAUUAUAUGGACUAAAUAAAGAACAUGUGAAUUUUA